AUGAUAGCUGUUGAUCUCUCCUUCACUGGAGAGGAACCUCGCUUUGAGGCUGUUGAUGCAACAGGUGUUUACCCCAUCACUGAGCAGUAUGCAGCGAAGUGUGGCUACAGUGUCGGUGUUCUCCCUCUGCGGGGCCACGUGGAGCUCCGAGCCUCUGUCUUCAGCUGUCACACUGACAACAAGGAUGACGAAGUGUUCACAUUCAACUUCAACCUGAUUGCAAACCAUGAAGGAAAGGAGGUCGCCUAUGCCUUGAACAAGACCUGUUCUCCCUCUCUCCCCUGGUCUCCCAGAGAGGUUACCUGUGAGGAGAACUACAUGGAAGUGUCUGUGAGGAGUGAAGUCCCAUGUGCAUCUGCGGCUAAGAAGGAGGACUGGAAUGCCGUUAAAUCUGCGCAUAGUUCCAACACUUCAGACUGGCAGGUGACGUUUCAGAGAGCAGAGGAGCAGUCGAUGCCUAUGACCCUCUCCGACGCUCGUAAGCAGGGCUACGUGUUUGACCUUACAGCUGGAAGGCUUGUGUUUCGUACGCCGUAUGGACAACCUGACUCAUUCAGCACAGAGGUGAAUGGUGUUCCAGUAGAGGUGGUCCAUGCAUCCAUGUUCUCCAGACAAAGCUGGUUUGUUCUCAUGGUCGACCUGGUGGCUGCCUGCUCCAUGCAUAAAGGAUCAUAUGAUGACGAUGGAUACAUGAUGUGGGAGACCCCUGAGGUGCUGCACCCGCUGGUGUCUGGUCAGCACGAUACGCAGGUCCACAUCGGUGUGGAUGGUGAACUUGUGGAGCAGCCGGUUGCAGAGGAGAGAGGCUACACUGUGAGGAAGCACAACGCCACAGUCCAGAUCAGCAUCCCCUAUAAUGCUGAAGGAGGAUACAGGAAGAGCUCUGUGAUUGGCGACCUCUACGAGUUUUACGUCUUUCAUCUGUACUUGGAGCAAAUCUUGGUGGAUGAGGAUCGGGUAGAGACGAGGCUCCGGUUUCACAGAACGCUGGCCACUCCGAUGCUGCCCCGCCGUGUUUUCACUGCCAACCGAACUGUUGUUGAAGAACGACUGUUCACCGUCUACCUCGGAGAUGUCCCUGAAGACGCCGAGCUGGCAGCUGUUCAGCUGAACGGACAAGAAUUGACGGUUCCAUUUACAAACACAAGCAUCCACUCAAUCACAAAAGUUAUUCAGCCCAACAGCACCCGUGGUUACACUCUGAAGGUGCCGUUUGAUGACCCUGUUGUCAUACAGCAGUUCUCUAAAGCAGAUGCAGUUCUUCAAUACAGGCUGGACAUCAAUUACACACUGAUUGUUCUGCCUGAAAAUGAGUCUUUUUACCACCCAACAACCGUCAUUGUGUUGUUCACAGAUGUCUCUCCUCCAGUCUUUGAUGCCGUCUGUUCUGAGUCUGGCAUCAGCUUCAAACUGGACCACCGGCCUUUUGACUACCUGUGGUACAUCAGUAUCGACACCGAGCUGCUGACGUCAGAGCUGGCAGCGCAGCACAGCUACAUCAUGAGCAACGACAGCCAGAGUCUGCUGCUCAACGUGCCGCUCUACACCCACGGAUAUGAAUACAAGAACUUUACUCUGAAGGGAUUCCUUGGCACUUUUGAGAUCCUUGUGAGGGAUCAUGAAACAUCAGAGGUCCAGAGUUCAACUGUCAAGACGUGUCCGUUCAGCACUACUGAGCUGAUCAUGUGUUCGACUGAUGGGAGGAUGACUGUGGUGGCUGACUUGUCUCGGGCCGUCACAAGUGGAGGGAUCCCUGCUAGAACCAACCUCGUAGACAAAUACUGUGGACCCAAGGAAGCAGACGACAGCAGGGCUCUCUUCUCUUUCCCACUCAACAGCUGCGGAUCAAUAGUCAAGCUUGGCCAGGAAAAUGUGACGUAUCAAAAUGAGAUUUCCUACAACAAGGAGUACGUCGGUGUGAGCAAGGCAGCCUCUGAAGAUGCUACUGAGCGGAUAACAGUGCAGUGUACGUAUCCUCUGGCUGGUCUCCAUCGCCUCUUCUCGACAUACAGGUUUGAGUCUGAUACAGUCGGUAUCGGCAGCAUCAUCCAUCAUGCGCAGGCCACACCAGCUCCACAGAUCCCCACCAUCAAACCUAUUACAGCACUUCAAACCACACCUGCUUCCAAAAGACCAACCAGAGAACCUCUAGCUUUCCUGCCUGCUCAUUACCCCCCUGUCCGCUACAUCAGAGUUACGAAGGAGCUGAGGGAACCUCGCAAACCAAAGUAA